AGCGAAAUGCUGCUGUUGCCGCCGGAUCUGUUGUCGCUGCUGCUGGUGUCCCUUGCCGCCUUCUUUCCCAAAUCUCAUGGCUAUGACAGGAGCAUUAACUACUGGGAGGCUUUUGCUCCAGGUAAACUGCUCCAGCGCCUGGACGCCAUCACCGAUGUGGACGGCUCUAAGGCGGUCCACUUGCCAGAAAUGAAGCAAUUGGUGGAGAACCAGCCACAGCCACAGGCUCAGGCUCAGGAGAAGCUGGACGAAGAUGUGGAUACGGAUGCAGAGCUGGAUGUGGAUGUGGACGCGGAAGCGGAGGCGGAGGCGGAUGAAGUAGAUAGCCACAGUGCAGAGGGCUUCUCUGGCGAGGAUUACGAGCACAACUACGAGAACUUUGUCAAGUCGUACUUUGACAGGGCAGCGGAGGACGACGACGACGACCUGGGCGAGGAGACCCGGCCAGUGGCUGCCAAUGUGAAAAAGGACGAAAAGUGCCGGAAGACCAAGCGUAAGGACGGGCAGGUGUGCGAAAUAUGCAGGCAGCCCAAAAACAACGAAGUAUCCGAGACCUGCAGCUACUCCCACGACGAUCAGCCAGAGAAAUACAGCUUCGGCAGUGGCACCCAGUACAAGAAGUACCGACAUGAUCCGGAAACAAAAGAAGACGAUGAUUUGGAUGAGCGGAAGGCAUCAAAGGAGGAGCAGGUGUCCCCCAGCAGUCUGUGUGUGCGACGGCAGCAGGGGAAGAGUGUCUGUUACGAGUGCCAGGACAGCAAGGGCCAAAAAAUCGAACGCUGCUACAAAGUGAGGGCAAACGGAAAGGCCAAGAGGCACAAGAAGAAGGCUACAUCCUCCUCCUCCUCCUCAUCCCAUAAGCCCCGGAAACCCCGAUCCAAGCAGUCCCAGCAAUCGGAGCAGGAACAACGCAUCUACAAGCGCACCAUUAGCUACAGCUACGCUCAGGAAAUGGACGGCACUCCUGGCAAUCGUACUCGAGCCAAGAAUCCUCCGUUAAUACGCCGCCGGCGGCUGGUGAAGAUCAGACGACGUCGUGGCCCAGUUCCAAAUCAAUAAUGUUUUUGUUUUAUUGUUAUAUUAUUAAAUUUUUUUUUUGUUAAAUUUCAAGCCUUCCUCCUCCAACAACUCAUCGCAAUCCCCACUCAGUAGCUUAGAUUAAUUAUUACACACAUUAUUUUGUUGCAAUAAAAACAAGAAUUUAUAUGAACAAAUUUUUAAUACUUGUGGUGUAACUAGCUAGAGAUUUAAAUAAAAUAUAAAACCAAAAAAAUCAGCAAAGAAAUAUUUAGAAAUCGAACUACUUUUGGAAUAAAACAAUAAAUGGCAAUGUGAUUAAAAUAGAAACAAAAAUAAAUUGGUAAAUAGAAAGAGUUAUAUUAAGUUAAGAUGGCAUCAAAAUAUAAGCACUAAACUAUUUAUAAUUUACAAUUUUGUAAAUCGGGUUCUGACUUUAAA